UUCAAGCCCUCCAAUAGCUGGUGUCCUUGCUGAUCACAUCUGCAGCACCACGGCGACUGCAAAGGCUAACCAUAUGUGGUUGUGGGAUAGAAACAGGAACAUCGAGUUCGGCUUUCCUGGAGAGGACAAUGCCAAAAAGAAAACGUGCCCGCGGGGGUAAAAGAAUAAACCUUAAAGCUGCUAAGAAAGCCAUCCGAAUUACAAUUGAUGGCAAGAAAAGGCUGGAUCUAUCUAAGAGGGAGAUUUCCAGCUUUCCUAAAUGCUUGUUGAAGCUGUUGGAUGUGGUAGAGCUGGAUCUCAGUCGGAAUUUUAUAAAGAAAGUGCCUAAUUGGAUAGAGAAAUUUCAAGAUCUUCGCUUGUUGGACCUGCAUAGUAAUCAGAUUAAGAAUCUCCCAGGAUCUAUAGGGCAUCUUCAAAAUCUACAUUUCCUCAAUGUUAGCAACAACAAACUCACAGAAAAAGGUAUCCCUAUGGAGCUGAACCAGCUGAAGAAACUUCGUCAACUCAAUCUUGGUCUUAACGCUAUAGAUGUUCUACCAACUUCAAUAGGUGCACUUAAAGAUCUUGAACAGGUGGGCCUUUUUGACAACAAUCUUACUAAAGUGCCCCCCGGUGUCCUUGAAUUGCCAAAAUUAAAAAAACUGAACACUGAGAGAAAUCCUAUAUUGCCAACAAAAGAAGAAUUGGAGGCAGAACAACAGGAGGCCAUCCAACGUGUUGGAAAUCUUCAUCUUGUAAAUGAGAAAUAUUUGUGCAAGCCCUGUGUCGCUAUGUGUCAUGGAGAAAAAAGCAAGCUGAAUAAAAGGAAAUCUCUCUUCACCAACCUAGUGACCCCAAACUCAACCAGCAAAAAAAUCAAAACAAAUGAUUAAUAAACAGAAUACUAAAGUGUACAAAAGACUUGUCAUUUUUCUAU